AUGAAGAAGAAGAAGACUGGCGAUCGUGGCUUCUUCUUCAAGGUGAGGCAUUCCCUGACAGACACCGGGGAUGCUACUCACCCGGAACCGGACACCGGCUGCCAACUCUCUAACUCCUCCAGGGAGGUCCGCUUUCUCUUUUCAUUCGGGACCGGGCCCGAGCGUUGUGGUAGCCAGGGUCUCACUCGCGGCCUAGCCUAUCUACGAUAAGCUCAGUGGCUCCUUCUAUGGAUCCCUCACGAAUGUGAGAUCUGAGCCGCUCCCAGUUCUAUGAUAUCUUGGUGCUCUGUGCGUAGAAACAAGGUCGUAUGUGGCAGACAUAGACAGGCUGUUUAGCCAUAGUAACCACCGCGCCUGAGCUAACCUCCGAGUGUCUUGACAGUGGGACUUGGUGGUCGGGGAAGAGGGAGUGUGGCUGGUGCUACGCAGGUCUCCCAUCGCUUUAAGGUAAUUCUAGCACAAGUCACCGGUGCUACACCUACUCCGUGGGGCGCACUGUUAACGCUGUCGCUUUUGACGGUCAAACCCUCUCACAUUUAUAAGUGAGUAGUGUGGUCGCGCCUGCAGAUUCAUCACAGUUGGGCUGGUGAAACACUGUCAAGAAUCCAGACUAUGGCGGCUCGCCGCAAUCUUAUGCGUCGAGAGAGAGAGAGAGACUAUUUUGGGGGUCGCCGUGCGUCAAACACAAUCCCAGAAGAAUGUUUGAAUUUAGUUCCUGGCUUUCACUGUCCACCCAGAAAUGCCAAAAACCAGUUUUAGUAUUAGAGUCUACAAUAUUGAGGAACUGCAGAAUUUCGUUCAAACUUAUGAAUUGCAAGACUGGGCGGUGUGUCUAAUUCAACAGUAAUUCUAGCCGUUAGCAGAAAGGCGUUGCGCUUGAGGGCGUCACAAGAUAUUCAGUCGCUUUUCCUUGGGGACAAAUGCUGUCCUUUUCACACCUGUCCGCCUUCAUUCUUGCAAACGCUUACUUUUUUCCUGAGGAAAUCGCUAGCAAGAAAAAUUAUAUCGAGAAAAAGCUGCUUUCUCAAAAUGACUUCAAUCUUACUGCUUUCUGUCGAAUUUGCAAUUAAUAACACUAUUUUUGUGCAUUGUAAGGAAUACCUGUUGGAGACGUUUAUGGCGGAAUAUUUAAAUAACAAGAUAACAUUUCAUGCCCCCGCCCGUUUGCUAGGUAUGUUUUUCCUCACUGGACCAUACAUAAAUCGAAGUGCGGAAACUAACUUUGUAAAAUAAAAAUUGCUGAACAGGUGUUCGCAAGCUCACAUGGGUGUACUUUGGAUUGCAAGCGGAGGCACAUGAAACGUCAGUUGAAGCCUUCAAUUGGCAUCUCACUGUAAAACAGUGAAUUCGGUUAGUAAACACAGGGGCACACUGGUCGCUUGGUGACCAUUAGGGGCAGAUGACCGAGUAAGUAGUUAAAUUUUUCUGAGAAUAAAUUUGGGACUUAUUUAGUUCAGUUAAGGUCUUACGUCGCAUCUCCUUCUCCGUACUUUAAAGUUGAAGGAGAAUGCAUCUUAUUUGUGAACAUGCCUUGAUAUAAGGCGAAGGCACGAUCACUGGGACAGUAGGUUUAUUUGCCUGAGCUUUCGAACUCGAUCUAGAAUUCAUCAUCAGAGACUACUCGAGUGCAGCAAAUUGUGAACAUUUAUAUCAUUCAUCCUUACGGGGGGAGGAGGAGUACGUCCGUGGCUAGUUAGGGUUUGUGCCGCCUGGUCCACGAUGUUCCCCCGGCGUGGUGACGCCGUUUGUACUUCGCGACGGUGUGAGCUGCGCCAACCGGCUGCGCGGGCGGAGCGCGUGAUAACAAGCAGGCAAAUCGAUGUUCACAAUUAGAUGCACUCGAGUAGUCUCUGAUGAUGAACUCUAGUUCGAGUUCGAAAGCCCAGGCAAAUAAACCUACUGUCCCAGUGAUCGUGCCUUCGCCUUCUUUUAAACAAGAACCUGGGAUGCGCAUAUUCUGUUCCAUUCAUGCCAUGAUAUGUUUGCGGGCAACUAACCCUUUUAAAACCACAUUCUCUGUCCACUUUUCUUGGGCAGAAGAAAUGAAAGCUGAAGAGUGAGCCUCCCCUCCCAAAAAAAUUUCAACCCCAGAAUGCGUACGCCUUAGGAGUAAUAUAUGCACAUUUGUCUAGAGAAGAAUCCUCCAUGCUAUCUCCCCAAAUAUGCUCGACCUCAACUUCACGUUUCUGCUAGAGAGCAAACAAAUGAAAACUAUUGCACUGUUGGUCCCCAAAGUGGUUGAUAAUUGCAAGUCACGACCGCCAAUUGUGCGUCUGGGUUUUAUGCUGUCUAGUGGAUACAACAUUGAUCAGACUGUACGACAGUUAGCAAAGUUUAAUAACGACAAAACCUUCCCUUGCGCAGUCAUCUCUCCUCUCCCAUUUUUUUACUUUCGGAUUUAGAAGACACGCUUUGUCACGGAUUCCAGCAUCGUUUAACUCACAUCCUUACGGAAACCUCCCUUUAUGGGGGCGAGGAAUUUCGCUGUCGGAAAUGGUGAUGGCAUUAGAGAUAGGCGUGUGUGUGAUGGUGAUGAACGUGACGACGUUGCUUAUUGGGAGUGGUGGCGAUAUUGGAUUUGGCGUUUUGUGUUUUAAAUAGUUUAAUAGUUGUAAUAGUGUGUUUUUAAUAGUAAUGAUGAUGGCGGCGGCGGUGCUGCUAGCUGUCGUGAUCCUUUUUAAUCCAUAAAUGGCAAAAUGUCUCCUAUUCUCCUUAUCACAACUGUCAGGUUGAAGCAACAUUUCCCCGAAAUGAAUUUUAAGCAAGCUUGGACAGCAUAAUUUAUUGGAAACAGGGAAUUUCGUGAGGGCUUAUCAACUGCAGCCCGUCGUUGCAUAACGCAAAUAACAAGUGAGAAAGAUACAGGAGUUUGAACUUCGGCAGACAAAAAAUAAAUGUAAAACUGCACGUACACUAAUCUAUAAAAUGGUAACUUCAAAACGCAACAUUGAUUUUUUCUCUGUCGAAGUUCAAACUUCUGUACCUUUCUUCCUUGUUAUUUGUGUUAUGCAACGACAGGCUGCAGCUGAUAGGCCGUCGCGAAAUUUACUGGUUCCAAUAAAUUCUGCUGUCCAUGCUUGCUUUAAAUUGCUAGAUUAUUAGAGUUGCUUCCUGUCUAAACUAUUCACUCAACCCCUCCUGCCUGACAUCCGGAGUCCGACAAACAGAGUCCUAGUUAAGCAGACCCCUGGCUUUAAGGGUCAAGGAAAAUCCUGUCUUAAAUGUCCAAAGUUUUUGAUACUGAAAACUUGAUAAAAUUAAGUGAUGGCUGCAUAAACCUGCGCAUUUUCUGACAGUCCACUGUAGUAGAAAUUCAGAAAACGUCAUCGACAUCUUUUGCGCAGUCUCUUAGCUAUGAAAAAAUGACGAGAUUUCUAAAACCGGAUUUCUUCUUUUGCCGUCUUCAUUUGGUAGAACAACUUGUCAGUGAUCGGGAAUUGCGGACUUUUUACUUCCCACAGAAUUUCCUUUUUAAUUUCCUCAGAAAUAAAUCGCCAAUUUGGAGUAACUCGGGUUGUUUGAGGCUUGUAGGCUUUGACUGAAACUUGAUAUGAAUAUUUGGUCUGACGUUUAUCAGCUGCAGCGGAAUAACCGCGCAAUAUUUACAAAUUGUCAACAGGAAGCCGCAAGUAUACAAGUACGUAACUAUUUACCAUACUUGGGAGCAGAAGUACUAGCUAAAAGUACAGACACAUGUUUCGCCGCCAUGUUGCCGCUGCAUGACACGGCUACGGUUCAUCAAAGGGCCCCCCAAUAGUCCCCAUGUGCAUUCUCCUGGAUACUCCGGGGCCUUAAUUUCAAAUUGCUGUUUCUACCAUAAGGCACACGGGCGACGCUGGGGGACCCACUGAUCAGCCAAAUCCCUCGCAGCCGUGACAAGCAACGACAGCAUGUCAGCAAAACACGUGUCUGUACUUGUGUUCUUAAGUAUGGUAUAUCACACAAUAUAAGUGAACCUCGAAUGAGAUGAGGCAAUUUCAUGAAGGUGGACAGAUCACUUUCACCACUUUUUUGUUCAGCCUGUGCUUUACACUAUGUCCACCUCAGACAGCCGUCAUGAUCACGACCACGGUUGAGGUUAGGGAUGGAACCAGUGAAUGUGUAUAAUCGCUCAUUUGCAUUUUCCAAUCAAGAGAGUUUCUACUUCAGCCAUAAUCUGUCUUCUCGUUCACUGAAUUUGCAGGAUAGAUCUAUGAAGUCGUGAAACUGCCCUGGCUUUUGACUGAUACGUCAGUACGACGGUCGAAAAUUCCCCUUGUGUUCAGAAAUGUUCACAUAUCUAUGUGCUGAAUACAAUGAGGCCAUGAUUUCCCGAAGUCAUCCGCGUUGCAGCCAAUCCCGGAAUUGUGGGCUUCAUGUCGCCCAGAAUUAGUCAGCGAGAUUAGGGCUAGUUCAAAUAGAAUUUCCACCAGCAAAGAACAUUGCAGUGCUGGAGGAGAGUCAGAUCAAAUUCGAAAGCACUUUCUUGCGGAGUCGUAGAAAACUUCGGCAGCGGUAGAAAGUCUGCUGACUGAGCCUACUCAAAAUUUUUGAAAAUGUUGAAUAACGGACAGGAGAGAAUUGAUCGCAUGAGGAAAGGAGAUUAAUGGACGUCCCCAAGGCGUGUGCCAACUGCUUCUGCUUUUCAAGUUUCUAUUUCAAACAACAGGCAGCACAAGGUGAAGUUGCGAUGUCCGACGAUAUUAAAGUGGCAGUCACGAGAAUCCAAACGUUGCGCGGUUUCUCUGGAGAGAGAAAUCCUCCCGAGGCGAUCGACAAAAAUUGAGUCAGUUACUGCCUGACAUUACCACGGUUGAGUCAAAGCCGUGAAGAAGAAUUGCAGGAGAUUGUUAAUAUCGCAUAGUGCUUAAUUGAACCUGACGUUCCAGACUAUCUUCAUAGUUUCAUGACUGUCUCUCAGACAUUUUAACUGAUUUGGACCUUUUGAAAGGGCUGUUGCGACCAGGUCUUAUGACCAGCCUGGCAUCAUUGUUCCGGCCAGAUUUCACUUAAACAACCGCAGUGGGGAGGGUGCAGAGGAGCCACCAGAAAACAACCAAAAGAGACUCAGCUACCCUUCUUUAAGAGGAUGAAACAUAACGCGAGCAGUUGUCCAGCCCACCAAUGCCCACAGUUAUGAAGACGUAAGACUUCAAACCUGGAGUGUGUGUGGAAGAACCACAUACUCGUCGAUGGAUAAAAUUCUCGUGUCUGAAUAGGGGCUAAAUUUUGCUGAGAAAUGACAAGAAUUGUGGGGCAGACGACCUAGGUGGAGGUGGGUUUUCCACUAAACACCCUCUUGAUUUUGUUGGACCGUAGUGGGCAGAUGAACUAGCGGCGUCGAUGGAGCAGGGGACCGCGAAAAGUACCUAUUCAUGGGACGUGAGGUGACGGUUAAUGUACAGGGGACGACGGUUGGGAGUCAAACAGGUGAAGGACAAUUGUCAUCCCCUAUUGCAGGGAAACAUCGAGAGGAACAUUACACGGCUCCUUGUGGCAAGCGGGCUCUUGGUCUCUGUGUUGCCUUAUUUGGGAGGGUGCUUGAGGUGCGCGUUAACCGCGAUGGCUCCAGCCCCCAAAAUAACAUAUGUGUGUUUAUGAUGCGAUGGGCUAGACAUAUUUUGACCUCCCCCUUGGUCCGACACAGCAUGUCCAGACUUUGAUGUGCGGCAAUGGCAAGUUUCCCAGACCAAAGCAACGCAUUCGAGAGAAUGACCUUUACUACCUGUCCGUAAACAAUAGGCUGAAUUGCAAGCCGAGGCCACCAAGGAGGCUGAAUCAGUCUGAAGACCUGUCUGAAGCGACCGACCGACAUGAUGAAGACAGGCGGAGGCUAAGCGCAUCGGCGCCGCGAAAGCAAAACAAGAAUUACGAAAAUCUCAACUGCGUCCACCUCGCAACAUCAACACCCAACCGUCUCUAACGUUUCCACAGUGUCAGCGAACAUUUCGGGCGCCAACUGGACUUGUUCGACACCUUUAGACUAAGUGCAGCACUCGGAAUGCACCAACCAUCGUCUCUCCGCCCACGUCUCCCUCGCCUCCUAUGCCAUCAACUAAUUCUGACUGCCCUCCAGAACCGCCACUGCCAUCCAUCACCCUCCUCCUUCUCCUCCCCCUUUUCCUUCCCCACUACCUCAAAGUCUGCCGUUGUGGCGUCUGCCAUGCACAUCAACAUUACACACAAUCCUGACACCCCAACAAACACAAACAUCACCACCGUUGACACCAUUGCUGAGGACCUGGUCUAUGCCUGUCCUCAUGGUGACUGCCCCCUCACCUCACACGUCAACCUGGUCAGCCCCUUGCCAAUCCAUCGCACAGAGACUGGCGAGCCGGUGCCUGGAGCACCAACCUGCAUUCGCCGCACUUACCUCCACUGCCUACACUGCCUUCGCACAUUCAUGCACCGCAUGGACCUAUUCAACCACAUGCACAUAUAG